AAAAUUGUAAGAAACCGCUCUUGUAGUUUCAAGAGGAUACAAACUUCGAAUCAAAAACCCAUCAAUCAAUGUCCACUCCAGAUCUCAAUCCCUCCUCCGUCUCUCUAGCCGCAUCAGAAACUCCCAUGACACAUCCCAACACACUCAAAACGCCGUCGUACAGAGCCAUAGCUCCGCUUAGCCGUCAUCCUUUCCCGGUCAGACGAUCGCAUCCCGUUUCCGGUUCCCCUAACCAGGACGCUUCAGGUCUGGUUUACCCGAGGACCCGACCCGGAAGACAGAGUCUGAAUACCGCUUCGGGUAGUCCUUUUCCUCCUCCUCCUCUUCCGGUUUACGCGUACCAGAACGGACAGAGUUUGGAUCCAAUGAGUCAGUUCAUGAGAGCUGCGCUUCCUCAGAUCCAACAAGUUUCUCAUCUCGGGUCGGGUCACUUGAAAGGAGUUCCUCACUUCUUACAACCUCAGGUUGCUCAUCCUCUUUCUACUUCAGUUCUAGACAAUGGUGGGCGUAAAAACGCUAGAAGCAGAAACGACGUUCUGGUACUUAUAAGAAAACGAAAGGUUAGAAUAACAGAGGGAGCUUCUCUGUAUUCACUUUGUAGAUCGUGGUUGAGAAAUGGUGCUCAUGAGGGUCUUCAGAAGCAGCAAAACGAUACCUCAAUGACAUGUUUGCCUAAGCCUUUGCCUGCAUCGGAUGUGGUGGAGAAAAGUUUGCCAGAAGAUUCAGUUGAAGAACCAAAUCGUGUACAAGACGACAAAGAGGACGAGGAAUCUGUGAAACAGUUGUCUGAUUCUGAUCUUCUGAAAAGACAUGUUGACCGUGCUAAGAAUGUCCGAGCUAGAUUAAGAGAAGAACGGUUGAAGAGGAUUGCUAGGUACAAGGCAAGAUUGGCUCUUCUUCUGCCACCAUUUGGAGAGUAGUAAUGCAGGAACGAGUAGGUGAUUUAAAGCUUGGGACUUUUAUGUGUAUACGUGCAGUUGAUUUAGUGUUAUAUAUAUAUUUAUCAUAAGGUACCUUAGAGGGGCGUGUGUUUUAGCUUUGAUAUAUAAUAAUCCAUAUAUGCAAGAUUUUCUCGGAGUUUUUCUUUCAGUCGUUUCUGAAUAAAAAAAAUAUAUAUAUU